AAAGGAGUAGUGCGAACCUUUGUCUGGUCAAAGUGUUUACACCGUCACCUCCAACAGCAUCACUGAAAGGACUCACUGCAGAUUUUUCAGAGUAAAUUAUAAAUAUUUCUGGUUUCAGUAAAAGUCUGACAAAAGCUUAAGGAGAGUCGACAGACUGAACUGUGCAGAAAUGACAUCUGUGAUCGGACUGUUGCUGAUGCUGAUCACAGUCACUGAUGCUUCAAAUCUUCCAGGUGUGGUGACCCACUGUGAUGGCAGACAGAAUGGAACUCAGUGUUAUGGAGCUUUGGGAGGAACCGUUUCUCUCCAGCUGAUGGACGACUUCUCAGGAAUAUAUAGAUACCAGCUGAAAGCUAAAAACGUGAAAGUACUAUCAGGAAGAAAUAAUACACCACCAGUGAUUAUAAUGAAAGACAGAUCUUCAUUUAUUCCCUCUAAUGGAACAUUUUGGAUCCAUAACCUGAGCAGGAAUGACAGUGGUGAAUAUAAACUUCAAACAUUUGAUUCAAAUGGAAAACAGACAGAAAACCGCACCCUACAGUUAUUAGUUCAAGCUCCUGUGUCCUCCGUCUCGCUGGUCUCUGAGUGUUUGUCUCAGGGAGAGAUGAAGGAGUCCUGCUCCUCUGAGGGAGGGGACAGUCCUCAGUACAAGUGGACUCUGAAUGGAAAGUCACUGACAGAAGCUGAGCUGCUUUCUGGAAACAAGCAGACAAACAUCAUCACUUUGAAACAACACGUCUCAGGACGUCUGGUCUGCUCCUCCUGGAACCACGUCAGCUCUGCUUCUAAAGAGAUAAACAUCACUAACUGUGGUUUCAUUUACAUAAACUGCACCUUUAAUGGGACGAAGAUAUCAAAGUGGGUGUUUCAGGAAAACAACACUCUGUGUGUUGAACCAACAACAGAGACGCAAAGCAUUAUGGUUCACACAUAUCCGUCCAUGCUGAGAUGCAGUCUGAUGUUUCUGUUUUCUGUUGUUUCCUUUGUUGGAAUUGGCGUCUAUUUCAAGUGGAAGAAGAUCAAAUAUGAGAAAGCUGAACAGUUUGCUGCAAGAAACAGAACAAAGUUUUCAGAGGAUUUCUAUGAAAAUGAACAAACACUGUAAAGUUUAACACUGUUUAACCAAAAUCAUCGUAACAUGAAAAGCUGGAUUUGUCUCGACAAUAUCAAUAAAAACACAUUUUAAUGAAUUUCCAUACCUUCUGAGAUUUCUGAUCUGUUUUUAAACUUUCAUGACAUAUAUGAAAUGUCAUUGACUGUAAAUAUUAUGCAAACAAAUACAGGAAGAUCAGUCUUUAGGUUUAGUGCUGUUAAAUAUGAAAAAUCUUUUUGGCUUUAUUUUCUAAUUACUAAAUCUUAUGUAAAUAUAUUUGUAACUUGUACAGCAUUUUUUUAUGUUUUAGAAGAUAUUAUGACUGAAAAUAAUGUUAAGGUUUUUUUUAAUUCAAGUUUUCUUAAUGCGCUUUUUUUUGUCUUUUAUACAUAGAUUAUCCUCUACUUCGACACAUUCUGAUUUCAACUUUGCUUUUGCUCCUUUAUAUUGAGAGAACUUUACAGUUUGCAUAGAGGAAAUAAUUGUUUGUAAUGAAUGACUAUGACCAGACAAAUGCCUGAUUUUUUAUGUAAUCUAAAAUAAUAAAGAGAAACAAAGAAAAAAAUGGUUUUGGUAACAGUUCCAUUUGACAAAGUGCAUGUUUUUUAAGUAGUCCCUGUCAUUUAAGGUAAAGAUGCAUGUCUGUGUUGGAUGUUUCAUGUGGAAAAAUGUUUGUAAAUUUUUUUUUUCGUCAGUAAAAUUUGUUUGUUGUAAAUGUUUUUAUAAAAGCCAAAAAAAUAAGGUUUGUAUCAUGGUUUCCACAA